AUGGACAGCUUCGAUACGGGCGCCACCCUCGCGAGUGCCUGUAGCUCCGUGGGUGCUGCGUACCCAGCUGAGGCACAGUCUCUCAAAGCGGCAGCUGAUGGUGACACAUCUGACAGUUCAGCCGGCUCGCCGCUGGCCGUUGGGGGGCCGCUUCAGGCCGGAGAAGGCGAAUCAUCUGUAGCGGACACCUGCAGCACUAUGGGCAAGGAGGCAAGCGAUGAUGCAGUGACGGGCAACAACGAGGGCGAUGCCGCGGCCGAUUACGCUGGGGCAGAAGACGACAAGAUGUACCCGGAAGGGGACGAUGGAGAAGAGGAAGACGCUGAGUACGUGGAGGAGGACGCGGAGUAUGAGGAGAAGGAGCACUCGGACGAGGAGGCGUACGAGCCAGAGGAGGCCGCCGCGGACGCCUCUGUCACUCCCUCCUCCGUCUCACCCAAGCCCCUCAUAAUCACCGUAGGCACGCGGCAGUACAAGGCCUCUGCCUUUGUGAAGAAUCGGGGCCUCUCUUACGUUCCAGGGAGGCUCAAGUCCAACCCGAAGGCCACCUUUGAGCCCUGCACCACCAACGCUCCACACAGCAUUCUUGACUGCCAGAAACUCCACCUUAACAACCGUGGUGUCCUCGUACGCGACCGGUUCAUUCGGCUGAACAUGCUUGUUGACAACCCUGGGAAAAAGACACUCCUGCACAACCCAGGGAGGUCUCAUAAAAUGCGCAUCUGCCGCCGCGAUGUGGAGCCUCAGAAGAGCGAAACCCACAGCCCGGCCACCUGCUCCGACCUGCACCUCCUGCCCGAGAUUGUGUUUGUCGGUAUUCCCGGACUGAGGACGGCCUACUUCGAGGCCGAGCUGCGUCACAACCUUGCCUUUACAAAACUGAAGGAGGCGCCGUGGGAGACGCAGUGCGGGACGUGGUGCCGUUCAACGCGCUCGCAUGUGGUCACCACGUGCCGGUUCCUGCAUUACAAUCGAGGUGAUAACUACACUGAGAAGCCGACUCCGCCCCACCGGCCGUUGGCCGCCAUUCCCGAUCUCACGCCGAGCCGCCCUCCACAGGUGACAGACUUGAGCAGACGCGGCCGCGGUCGUGGCGGCCGUGGUGGUGGUCGCGGCCGCGGAAACUGCCGUGGUCGCGGACGUGGGGGUCGUGGGGCGGCAGCGAUACCGCUUCCGGCAGCCUUCCAGCCCGGCUAUGUUGCACCCUCUCAGGAUAGCUCCUCACCAGCGAGCUCAAUUACAACCGGGUCGAGCGGCGCUGCAAAUCGAAUGAAGCAUUCCCUCGACGCAUUAGAGGCGACCGGCUGGAUGACCAACAAAGGAGAUGAUGGCAGCACGAUUAAUUACUGGAUACUCAACGUGCUGUUCGUGCUGUUAGGGGUCUUCGUUUUUCUCCUCGCUGUAGCGCUUCGCCGGGUGAAUGAACCCGCAGCGGCAGCGUCGUGA